AAUUAUGGCACCAAAAAAAAAAACUUAAAAAUAACAAAGUUCAAUAAGUAUAAGAGAUUUAUUAUUUCUUAAGGCAAAAAAUAACCAGCAAAAAUAGAGAAAGUUCAACCAGCUCCAAUAGUUCCUAGUGCUUAAUCUACAAAAAUAAAGAAUGUGAAACCAGACUUUUAUUUUGUGAUUCCAUAGGAUGAAGAAGAGCAUUAUAGAAGAGAAGUGUACCAAAGAAGAGAGAAUAGAAAUAAGAGUUGCAUAGAUAUGAAUGAAAAUAGACAGUACAAUUAUAAUUAAAAGGAGGGAUAAUUUCGCGCCUCAAGAGAUUCCUGUUAUUAAUAAGGUAUCUUAAAAAAUAGUGAUUGAGUAAGAAUGUACCAAUGACUCGUCGUAGUUAUUUACUUUGAAUCAAUCAGAAUUGCCAACUAAUACUUCAAGGCAAUUAAAUAAACCAAAGAUAUUAUCUAUAAAGCCAAAAAAGUUAAUAAUGAAUCCAAAAGUUCAAGAUGACACUAUGGACAUGGAAGAGGAUUGGUAUUAAGAACUUAACAAGGAUAUCAAUCAUACUAAACAUUAUCUAUUAGGAGUUCCAAAAUAGACAUAAUAACAUAAUGAGAAUUCGUUAACAACUGAAAGAAAUUCAUAUACAAAGAAUAUUAAGAAAUUAGAUUUAGAUUUAUAAAUAGAACCAACAUAAACUUAAACUUCUGUGAAAUUAUCUAAAGCAAUGAAGACUAAAUUAGAUUCUAUGAAUGAAUGUUACAAUUCUCUAUUAGAAGCUACAAUUCCAGAAGAGAUAUUAUGUAGAGAUUAAGAAAAAGAUUUGAUUACUAAAUUUAUAGAAGAUGGUGUAAAGAAUAAUGGAUAAUCUUAGGCAUUAUGUAAAUAUAAUUAUUAAAUUAAGAUAUUUCUGGAGUACCAGGAAUUGGUAAGACUGCAACAGUUAUGGAAGCUUAAAAGAAAUUAUUAAGUAAAAAAGAUAAUUUCUAAUUUAUAUAUGCUAAUGCUAUGAAUUUUGGAUUGCCUGAUAAUAUAUAUUCUUUUUUAUUAGAGAAACUCACUAGUAUAAAAGAUGCUUCUAAAGCAUAAGCAUGCAUAUUAUUAAGUAUUAAAAAUACAUUAUAAUUUAGCUGAAUUAUUUACUAAAGGUUGUCUACCUACAAACUAUAAAGCAUAUGAAAAAUCUGUUAUUAAGAAAAAUAGAGUCAUUCUUUUAGAUGAAUGUGAUAAUCUAUUUACUCCUGAUUAAUAAGUGUUAUAUAAUUUAGUAGAUUGGCCAUAAUAAAAACAUGCAAAGUUGACAAUAAUUAUGAUUGCUAAUACAAUGGAUUUUCCAGAAAGAUUGAAACCUAAAUUAUAAUCAAGACUUGGAAAUCAUAGAGUUGUUUUUAGACCUUAUACAAGUACUUAAAUUGAAACUAUUUUGUAAUAAAGAAUGAAAGAUAAGAAAAUCAAAGAAUUAUUUGCAUCAAACACUCUAAAUUAUCUUGGAAAAAAGAUUGCAACAAUCUCUACUGACAUUAGAAAAACUUUAUGUGUUUGUAGAAAAGCUAUUGAAAUUGGAAAAGAAGAACUUCUUAAAACUGCAUAAUUUAAACAUAUUGAAGUUAAUCAUGUGAAAAUUGCCUAUGAUAGAAUUUAUAACAAAGCUUAUCAUGCUUGUUUACAUUCAUUCAGUAAAUCACUUAAAUUACUCUUAAUUACUAUUGCCUUAGAAAUUCAUAUUAAAGGAUAUAAUGUUGUUUAUCUUUAAUAAGUUCUUUAAAGAUUCAAUUAACAUCUUAUAUAAAAUAAAGAUGAUCCUAUUACUUAUUAAGAAAUCAAAUCUAUACUAUUAAAAUUAACUGAAUUAAACUUAGUUGAAGUUAAAGAAUAAAAUAUUCUCCUGAAUAAAACUUCUUGGUAAUAGAAAGUUAAUGUAAAUAUUUGUAUUUAUUUUAGGACUCCCUCUAAAAAGAUAACUUAAGAAAUAUUAAUGACUUAAUGAUCCAUUUGAAAAUCAAUGUUGACGACAUUAAAAAUGGUCUCUCAAAUGAUACAUUGUUUUAAUAGUUUUCUUAGUUUUUCUGA